AUGGCUGGCCGAUCUGCUAGCCCUGUUCUCCUCGUUUUCCUCACUUCGUGUGCCCAGAGCGCCGAGGCGGUGGACGCUCGCAGCGUGCGCGCGCGGCCACGCCUCUCGCCGCGGUGCGCGGCUCCGGCGCUCGUCGCGGGAAGUGGCGCAAAGACCGGCCCAGCCGAUGGCGGGCGAGCAGCCUCGCCCGUGCAGCAGCACCGCUCGAUGAGCCUCGUCGACGCGAUCGCAAUCAUCGGCGGCUCCGCCGUCGGCGGUGGCUUCCUCGCCGUGCCCGCCGUCACGGCUCCGCUCGGGCUGCUGCCUUCGGCGUCGGCGAUGGUGGCGACCUGGGUCUACCUCGUCCUCUCGGGUCUGGCGUACGUCGACGCGGCCUGCAUGUCGGAGGGCAUAGACACUGACGGCGCUUCGGUGCUCGCCAUCUCGAGGCGGUGCUUUGGCAACGGCGUCGCGGCGCUGUUCUCGCUGCUGUUCGUCGCGCAAAUGCUGGCAAUCGUGUCCGCGAACCUGGUCAAGGCGGCGGAGCUCUCCGCGUCGCUCCUCCCGCGCCUCCCCUUUCCCGCAGCCGUCCUCCUCGCCGCCGCCGGCUUUGGAGCGUUCGUCUUUGGCGCAGCGCCGGCGACGGUCGCGGCGGCAAACACCCUUCUCGCAGGAUGCAUGCUAACGGGCUUUCUUACUCUCUUCGCCCUCGCUGCCGCCGCGCCAGCGCCGGCGGCCGCCGCUGCCGUCGCCGCGCCCUCCGUGCACUGGGCCGGCCUGCUGCCCCGCCGCGGCUGGCCGAUCCCGAUCUUUGUCAACACCCUGCGGUUUGGAGAGGCGAUCCCGGCGCGGCUGGCGGUGGUGCUGGGCUCGCUGCUGCCUCUCCUCCUCGCGAUCGGGUGGAGCAGCGCCUCCGCCGCCCUCGCGUCGCUGGCGUCGCCCUCGCCGCCGGGCGCGGACCCCGUCCUCGCUCUGCUUGGCUCCUCGCCAACACUCGCCACGCCCGCCAGCACUAGAUGCUCUCGCGACGAGAUGCCGGUAGCCCUCAUCGCCGUCGGCGCCAUUGGCAGCACGAUGCUGCCCGUCCUCCUCGCGUGCGCGGGCCUGCUGGCUGACGCGUCCCGAUCGCGCUCCUCCUCCUCCUCGCCGCCGCCGUCGUCAUCGCCGACCUCCUCCUCGCCCCGGCUCCUCGCCGCCUCGCGCGCCGCCGUCGUCGCCGUCCCGGCAGCCUUUGCCUGCCUCGGCCCGAGCCUAUACCUGCGCCUCCUCGCAUUCUCGGGCGCGCCUCCCCUCACCGGCGCGUUCCCCACUGUCGUCCUAUACGGCCUCCUUCCGCCUCUCGCCGCGCUGGUGCUGCGGCGCCGGCACGCAUUCGCCCACGCCGCCGGCCGCGGCGUGCACUCGCCCACGGCCGCAGCCGUGGCCCGGCCGGGCUCCGCGCCUCACCCUCCGCCGGCGGGGGAAGCGAAGGGGUCGGCGCCGCGGCUGCCCAGCGCGUCGCUCGUGGGCCUGGUCGGCCUGUCGGCGCUGCUGCUCCUCGUCUCCGCCGGCGUCGCCUGUGGGGUCUGGCCGGGCUGA